CGCCUGCCCAAAUUUUCCGGCUGCUUCCGAACUUCCUCAAUCGAUCCAGCGGGAUAAAAGCGCAGCAGCCCCGGCCCGGCACUCCCAGUGCUCCCAGUGCUCCCACAGACGGCUCCAUGCUGGGUGCUCAGCUGGUCCCCAGGAUGUGGUGGCUGCUGGCCCUGCUGGUCCCUGUGGCCCUGGCCCAGUUGCACCCAGAGCCAGAACUGGACACGCAGUGGGAGCUGUGGAAGAAAACCCACCGCAAGCAGUACAACGGCCAGGCAGACGAGGUGACACGGCGGCUGAUCUGGGAGAAGAACCUCAAGUACAUCAACACCCACAACCUGGAGGGCUGGGGGGCACGCUGGGGCGCCGGGGCUGCCCGGGGAAGCCGAGGUGGUGACAGCCCCGUGUCCCCAGGGGUUUACUACGACGAGAACUGCAACGCGGAGAACAUCAACCACGCCGUGCUGGCCGUGGGCUACGGGGCACAGAAGGGCACCAAGCACUGGAUCAUCAAGAACAGCUGGGGCGAGGAGUGGGGCAACAAGGGCUACGUCCUCCUGGCCCGCAACAUGGACAACGCCUGCGGCGUGGCCAACCUGGCCAGCUUCCCCAAGAUGUGACACCCCGGCCCUUCCCUCCCCACCUCCCGGCCUUCCAACUCGGGCUCUUCCCUCCCGAAGGACAGAGCUCCCGGGGGGAAUUCUGCCACUCCACCAGAAAUUUCCCCUGGGAAAGGGGAGGGAGCCCCUCGCCCGGCUGCAGGGAAUGGAGGGAUGAGCUCCCCCCAGCUCUGUUUUCCUGGGAAUUCUCUGCCGUGCUGGCUUCUGCCUUCCCAUGGAUCGUGCUUGGCCAGAUCCAUGAAGGCCGAUCCAUCCAGAGAUGCUUCAGGAAAUGGGUCCCAGGCCAGCCCCUGCCUCCAGGAAUACUGGGGAACAGUGGAUGUGGAAUAUUCCCAACGGAGAGCACAGAUCCCUAUGGCUCCACCCUGUAUCCCAGUGGAGGCUGCUGAGAAUGAUACGACUAUUUUUCAAAUAAAAUUGGGAAUAAAAGCUGGGA